AUGUUUAGGGAUGUUGCAGCAAUUGGAGUAGCUGCAUGGACUCCUUCUUCAAAUACACUCCCUCCAAAAAUGCCACAGGAGGGUGCUGGUGAUUCAUCUAGUAGCUUUGAAUUUAAGGAUAAUCAAUGUGACAUGAGUUUAGACAUUGAUAGUUUACAACAAGGACAUACUAGUCAAUCAUGUAGUUUAGGACAAAAGCAAACUAGUGAAUCAAUACCCUCACAGAAGAAAAAGAAGAAGAGAGGAAGAGUUGCAAUGUUGGACAAUCGUAUUAGUCAAUUAAUAAAUGUAUGUCAGAAUAAGUCUGAAGGUACUUCUCGAGAGUUACCAAGUUCAAUUGAUAAUGUCAUGGAGAUUGUGAGAGCACUUCCUGGAGUGGAAAGUACAUUUGUGAUUCAAACUUCUUAUGUCUUACUGAAGAAGUCACGUAGGGAGAUGUUCCUAACUUUCAAGGAGCUAGAGUCACCGCUGGAGUGGCUACAAGGAAUGAUUUGGAUGUUAAAGAAGUGA